GCAGCCCCGACACGGCGGCCGGUACUGUGAGGGACCGGAGUACGAGGAAGGAACGUGCUUUGACGAUUCCUGCGUAAAUGCAGUUGGUGUUUUACUGACUCCAUGGUCCAUGUGGUCGGAGUGUUCAACCACCUGCAACGAAGGGGUCAGAACCUCCACCAGACGGUGUCACGGCAGCGACGCGUGCGACACCGGCAACGGGCAAGUCGCAGCGAUGCUCACGAAGGAGACUGCGUGCCAGGGUGUCCUCUGUCCCGAAGUAGGAGGCUGGAGCGAGUGGAGCGCUUGGACGGUCUGCACGGCCAUCUGCAGUAAGGGUCAGCGUAUGAAGGAGCGGACGUGUAACAAGCCCCGUCCCCACGGGCCGGGAAACGACUGCGUGGGAGAGUCCACCACGGCGGAAGAAUGUAGUCAUAACGCUCCGUACUGCGAGGGUGUACCGAAGUUUGUGACGAUGUACGAAGAUUGGUCUCAAUGGUCGGACUGUAGCGCCCCCUGCGACGGUGGGGUGAGAAUCCGCCACAGAACGUGCGUGGAGCAAGGUCACCCGUGCCGCGGCGACCUCUACGAUCUGGAGAUAUGUAACGCCGACUUACCGUGCAAAGUGGACGGUGGCUGGAGCGAGUGGACUCGGUGGUCAGUUUGCACGGUGACCUGUGGAGAGGGAGAAACAGAGCGGCACCGCCAGUGCAACCAACCACGGCCCGAGUUUGGCGGCCGGACCUGCCAGGGAAAUGCCAGCGAGAAGAGGAAAUGUCUCGUCUCGGAAUGCCCAGCGGACGCCCCUACUUGGGAAUCUUGGGGCGAGUGGUCCCAGUGCACCGUGACGUGUGCGGGGGGAACUUCCACACGAACGCGGGGGUGUAGGGUAAUCUACGCGAAUAACGUUCCGAUGUUUGUGUCCGUAUCAAGAUGCGCCGGAGAAUACAAACAGAGCAACGUUUGCAACUUUUUACCUUGCCCAGUUGAUGGAAAUUGGGCGAGUUGGGGAGGCUGGGCCAGUUGCAGCCGAAGCUGCGGCGAGGGCGUGGUGAAGCGGGACCGCACCUGCACGGACCCGGCACCAGCAGGCGGAGGGGAGGUGUGCGGAGGGUACGGGACGGAGACGUUGCUGUGCUACCAACAACCCUGCCCAGUCCCUGACGAGAUCCUGCGCACUUUCGACGGCACCGGCUUCAUGAUGUACCGCCACGCCUCCGCACCCUCGAAACUUCUCUUUAUAUACAUGCGCUUCAGGCCCGCCGCCCCGAGCGGCCUGCUGGCUUUACGUCACGAUGACGUCCACUUACAGCAGGUUGUCACGGUCGGUCUGGCCGGUGGUCACGUCCGACUGUACGCGAAGGUGGGAGAGGCUGAGAGUGCAGUCGUGAGUGCCAAUGGAUUACAUCUGCAUAAAUGGAACAGUGUUGUAGUGACCAUUAGCGGAGGGCGCACCAGUGUACGCCUGAAUGACGGCACCCCGGUCUUUGGCAACUUCAGCCUCCCACUGCCCUCUCGCUUGAACUGGGACCAGCCCAUGUACAUCGGCGGCGCCUUGCCGUAUCUUUUUCCCGGGCCUGCGCACGAAUACAUCGGGUUUCGCGGAGCCUUCUCUGCUCUACGAGUCAACUACAAGGAGUACAGUCUUCACGACAUAAGGCCAGAAUGGACGGGGUUGGGACUGCCGUUUGUAAGCUUCAAUGUUGGCACUCAACCGGCAGAUAUUGAUGCCCAGGUGCCGGUGUUCACCGGUGACGAGUUCACAUUCCUACCGUGUCAGAACACCACAACCGGCCGCAGACCUUUCUCCCUCAAACUCACCUUCAGGCCGGACGGCCCUCACGGCAUCAUUCUGUACGUCACGGGGCUGGUUCCGGGCUCAUUCGUAGCGCUGACGAUGAUCGACAGUCACGUUGCUCUGGUCGCCAGUCUGGCAGACACCAUCGCAUCGGCCAAGAGCGUUGAAAUAUCCUUAUCCAGAUGGGCGAUAGUCAAAUUUACCCUUCGAGGUGCUGAAGCCGAGAUGCGCGUGAAUGGCGGUCCGGCCAUCCAGCUUACCAUCCCGGGCACCGAGUUCGUCCCGGCGUUGAGGGUCAACAUCGGAGGCGUGCCGCUCCCGCACAGGGUGCUGGCUCGUAUGACGACGGGCGUAGAUAAAGGUCUUGUGGGGUCGGUCUACGAGGUGACUAUCAACGGGGACCAGUAUUUACUUACGGAGACAGCACUAAAUAUGGAGGACAUGUACCUCAAUUCAGCGUCCACCACACUCGCAGCUCACUACCGGGAAGUCAAAAGACUACGUCACAGCAGCGUUGCGCUUCACUGCAACUACGCUAACAUUCAUCACGAGAACCCCGUGGUAACGUGGCUCCACGGAGACGGGUUUCUCGAAGCAUCAGCCCACGUCAACAUAUUCAAACCGAAUGUCUUUUUCCCGCACAGGUCAAUUUUGAAUUUGCACACACUCAACUCAGACGAUGAGGGACCCUACGCAUGUAUGGUCUGGUACCGCGGCAAAGCCGUCAUAACACAUGCUUUUGGUGUUUCGGUCUUCGAGCCUCCUGCAAUCGAGUUCCAGGUCGAGUCUAAUGUUGAACUGAUGGUCAUUGGAAAUAUCGCCCUCAUCGUUGGCUUCGUCAUUGGUAUUCUCGUCCUGUCAUGCUUCAGAGUGUGUAGGAGAAGAUACUUCUUCUUGGACAUGAUUUACCAGUCCACCGUGUUCUACUUUGGGUUGGAUUCUUGCGCGUGUCUGAGGGAUCCCAACAUACCCGAUCGCGCCACCGUGCUCCUAGUCAACGCUACCUAUGACGAGGAUUUCUCGGCCCGCGAGGAGAAAAUCAAAUUUGACCAGGCUCUGAAGAGGAAAAGGCAGGACAAGUUGAAGAAAAACACCAAAGGGUUCAUAGAAAAAAUAAAAGCAAAGAUCGCCAAGGCAGGCGGCAAAGAUGACGCGGAAAAGGUCUUGGGUGAUGCCGACAUUGACAAGGAAUCUGCAAACGCCGAGCAGUACAAGACGGGUAAAAAUCUGGACAAGGAAACAUCAGUACUCACGGAAAAGAAAAAUGAAGCAUCUGAGAUGACCACUGAACCAAACACCAAGUAUUCUAAUCAGUCAGAAGAACGAGAGGAAUUAUUGAAAUCGAUGUCACAGAGACACAUAAACGAGAACCAGGCCGCAGGUAUGUAUGGAGAGGUCUGUCGGCAGCCCAGUGAAUCACUGAGCGACGGCGAGAUUAAUCUAAGGCGUCUCUCCCACGAGAUUGUGACCGGGAAACCGGAGUCGUCAUCCUCGGGUUCUUCGCUCGGAGGAGCGUUGCCGGAGGCCGCAAACUUCACGGCAGCGCACAAGGGGGACAAGGGCUCCCUGAGCUCCUUGGCGAUUCUAGAAGACGAGAGACAGGCGGACCUGGACGUGGAACCACGCAACAAAGAGGAGCCGGUCUACGUCAACAUCGAUACUAUCCGGGAGAGAAGAAGACAAAGCCAGUCGUCUGCUGGGAGCCUGAGGUUAAUGAGGAGAGCUUCGUCAUCCGCAUCUACUGGCUCGGAACCUCCACUGGCUCCACCUAAAUUGAUGUCAUCAGAGGAGCCUGUGGAAGUCGAUUUGGACGCGGUCCACGAUAACUGGCGGAAGAGCAACAUCUCCCCGGAAUUACCGAGCGACUAUAGUGCUGACGGGAGUGCGGUAACCGAUGCGAGAACGGAGGACCGGAGACGCGAAAGCGUGGCCGAGGCCGGCUGCGACGCCGGGCGAUUGUUCAGUCACCGGGGUUCAAUAGGUGGCGCUGUCGCCAAGCUUUCCGAGGCGGUUGCCGAAGAAGUCCAACACACGAGUGACGGCGCCGGUGAAAUCGACGAGGGCGCUGCCGAAGACGGAACGCCAGAGGAAGACUUCCCAGGAAGGGAAUUGAGUCUUGUGGAGGAGGAAGUUGACGAAGAGGUUCAACCGCUGCUGGGCGUGGGCUCACCAUCGUCAGCGAGUGAGAAAUAUGAAGGGUCCUCGGAAGAGGCCGGAGAUGAUCAAACUGCGAGUGACGGGUCACUAACCGAGAGGGAGAGUAGCCGUAUGGCCACCAAAGUGAUCACAGUGCCCAUCAUGAGCACUUCCACUACUGACGCAGCUAGCCGCUUCCGGCAGAAUUGGCUGUCUCGCAACCCCUCGCCGCCCCGGCUGCCGGCCAGCAGCGGCAGCAGCGAUGCCUCCAGCAACGGUUCCACCGAGUCGAACCUGGACGACAGCCUGACCAGCCUGAACUGGCUGCAGAACCUGCGUAUCAUGCGGAUCCAGCAGCCCACGCCACCCAGCAGCCCUGCCCCGCUGGGUUCGGCCAACCAGCGGCUCAACACCACCAUCACCAUCCAGGCCCACAAGGGGCCUGGGGGCCGCAGCAAUGGGCUGGGCACCACACAGGAAGAGGCCAAGGCCAUUUCUCGCAUUGGUAGCCACCAGGCGGCCACCACCACCAGCAUAGAUCAGAUCGACUACAAAACGAACCAGUUUGUCAAGCCGCCGUAUUCCUACGCCACUCUGAUAUGGAUGGCCAUGAAGGCCUCUAAGAAGAACAAGAUCACACUAUCUGCAAUCUAUAAAUGGAUAACAGAAAAUUUCAAGUACUACCAAACAGCAGAUCCCAGCUGGCAGAAUUCCAUCCGCCACAAUCUCUCUCUCAACAAGUGCUUCAUGAAGGUGCCGAGGAGGAAAGACGAGCCAGGAAAGGGGGGCUUCUGGCAGAUUGACCCCGCCCAUGCCGACCUCCUGGAGAACGGCAUCUUCAAGAAGCGACGAAACAGCUCAACAAGAGACUUCUACGCAGAGAGCAUCAAACGAAUCAAGAUUGAGCCGGUGGACGAUGAGUAUGAAUGCGCGGAGAAGCAUCACAGCAGGAAACAGGCAGCACCCAAGCGGAAAGCCAUCGACCACAACCUCACGAAAUUCAGGCCUCUCCAGUUGAACAGUAUGGGUAGCGGUGACUUGUCUGACUCUGAUGAUAAUCUUCCGAGUGCUGUUCUGAAGGGUGACUUUGGGUGGGAUUCCAUCUUCCAGUCGGAGAUAGAUGUUGAGGGCAUCAAGGUGAAGACGGAAGACAUCUUGGAUGGCAAUGAAGGUGAACGUUGCUCCUCACCCUGCUUACAGAUUAGUCCGCCCCCUUCCAACGAGGCCCCUCAGAACUUUGAAGACUACUUGGACUUGUCCAUCAAUGGGGUGCAUAUCCCGCGGCCAGCCUGGUUCGACGAGCACCUACAGAAUCUAGACUUCAGCAUGGAAGACACAGAGAUGCUGUUGGAUGGGAUUGACUUGCCUCCAUCACCCGUCAGCUCCAUCAACGACCAGCAAUCACACCCCUGGGCCGAAGCAAGUGGCUGUACAUCAUUCGAUGUAGAAGACUUGUUAGGUCUCCAAAGUGUUUCUGGGGAUGAUAUGCCUUGGGAUCUAUCACUCCAACCUGUACCAUCACCCUGAACUUCUAGACCCUUAUUCUAAUUUACUGUAAGUGUACAUAUUCCAAAAGGGCACUCGAUCUCUGCCAUAUGUCAUCCCGUAACAUGAAAUAGUUCAAAGUUAUUACAAUAGUAAAUCAUGGGAAAAAGAAAGAUCCAUGUAAAACAAAUUUCUGUCCAUGAGUUUGAUCCUUGAAGUGCUAUAUUGUGAGCAAGAAUCGAUGCAGAAUGUCUCAAAUCAUGUAUAUUCUUCUCUGCAAAUGAAUAAUGUUGUCUUUAACCUGUUUAAACACAAUAGACAUUGUUACAGAUGAAUGCAUACAUGGCUGCCAACAUGUGCCUUACAAUCUUUUCAUUUGAUUUGAUUUUGGAUCAUGAGUGAAAAUUGUGUCGAUGCAUGUGUUCAUGGGUUAUAUUAGAUUUAUCAGAGUUUUAAGUGGAACUUCUUCAUGUGCAGUUUGGCCAGUUUUCAGUCUUCAAUUUUUACUUUCAACUGAAUAAGUACAAUACCUGUGGCAUGAUUUCAGGGCAUCUGGGGCACUGCAGGAGUAGCUUUUGUGUACCUGUCACAGUGUACUCAUACAUGUACAGUGUAACUGUUGAGGUAGACUGGUGCCGCACAGGGAAUUGCUUCAUCCACAAAUUCCUUAUGUUUUCAGGUGAAAGGACAAUUUACACUUGGCAACAAACGAGAGUGACCCAAAUAGGCUACCGAUGAAUUAUUGAUGAUUGAAAUUGUAAUUUAAGUUGGAUUUAAGCAGAGCUGGCUCUUGCUGUUUGCGGUGUUUUGUUGCACAUAACCUGACAUUUAUUGUGCAUUGCAUAUAUUUAUGCAUGUAAAUAUUUUGUCUUGCCCGGUGCAAGCUCGGACAGAUCAUGUCAGAGAAUUUAUGAAGUUAUAUUACCGCGUGUUUUCAGUACAGUUUGACCUGAUUGUGUUCGCUAUGUGUGACUUUUCCUCUUAAUAUUGAAUAAUUCUUUUUCUGAAUAACACAUUGUUAUUGCAGCAUCUUAAUCAUGAUCCACAAUUCUUGAUGCUAACUGUAAAAACAAUAUUUACAGUGCGUCCAUGUCCAUACAACAUUCACAGCAACUGUAUUUGAUUUUUCAUAUUGCCGGGCCAUUGACUUUUAUCAGUAAUUAAAUAUAGCUCUAUGGGCAUCACUGGAAAACAUCAUCCUGCUCAUAUUCUUAAAAGCAAAGGACUGUGAAGUUAUGCUAACGCUUACGGUUGAAAGAGUUGGGUCGCACAUUUUGCUAGUUUUCUUUGAAAAUUGCAAAAUACAUGUACUUAUAUGUACUUGUGUACACAUGUAAUAAUACACUUUAUGAAAAGCUUGUGGAACAGGUUUCCUAUUUGCUAUCAAUUAAACAAUGGCCACCAUACCGUUUGUUUACAAUUUCACAAUGAAUUAGCAAUGACACGAUUCCGUCCAGGUGUUUUUUGUUUUUUGAGAUACAAAUGGCAGAUGGAUUUACUUUAUUUUUUAUUGCAUUCAGUUUGUCUCGGAAAGAAAUUAAAAAAGAAACUUGCAAUAAUACUUGAGCUUUUGGACUGUUCUUGCUUCGUUUGUUCUGUUCUGUCAUUCGUGUUACAGUUUACGUUGGGAAACGAAACGAGUACAUGAAACUGUGUCCCUUCAGGAUACGUGUUAAACUCCACCGAUCCCAAAUGUGACCAUUGUGUCCAAGUAGGUCUGAAUGGUAGCUGAGGUGCGUGUGAACAGAAAUGGGAUUGUCUGUUUAUUUAUUUUACAUCUUUUGACAUUAAAAGAGUAAAUCAAACGAACAAGGGCUGUCAAGGACAAGCAAAAGUAUAAAACUGUUAUCUAUGCGAUGUGUUUGUCCGGACCCCUGUUCAAAAAAAGUAAAAAAUUAAAUAAAUAAAAAUAAAAACGAUAAAAUGUGAUAAAAAUUGGAUAUAAAAUGGACACGCCCAAUAGAAUUAGUAAAGUACAAAAAAUAAAUACACAAUCUGAAAAACGAUACAAACAAGAACCAGGGGAUAAAAAAACAAAUUAAAAAGAACGAACGACAGAACAAAAUGGAUGGAUCAAGCCGUGUUUGUUGGGGAGGAUUGAAUCCCUGUAAUGAAAAGGAGAAAAUAAAAGACCAAACCAGAAGCCAACAAAUUACUUUUUUAAUUGUAAUGUAAAUUUCUGGAAUGGGACCCAAAAUAGCAAUAUAAAAGUACACGUCGACAACCCCACAUUAUUUUUAUUUCCUCCAUACCUUGUAUAACCCUCUGUUUAUUUGACGGAAAACCGUCUUCCCCACU